UAGGUAACCGCGCCACCCAGCUACAAAUACAAAAUUACUUCAAUUUUCGUUUGUAUUAUUGGUCAAUAAUUUACAUAUUAUUGUUAAAUAAUAAAUCAUAACUUUUCAGUGACUUGAUCGUCAAUCUAAUAGCCUGAUAUUUUGUUAUUGUUUUUCUAUAGGAUAAUAUAAAACAGAAGAAAUGCUGAAAGAGAUGUUCGAAGUGAUGAGAUGUGAAGAGGCUGAAAUACAAAAAGAGCGAUUAGAAACAACCACACUGCCAUUUGCGGCAAUACCCACAUCAGUUGUUCAAAUAGUUUUCUACAUCUGUAAGAAAUUUCAGCAGCCAAAGGAGACACGUUACUUGGCAUUGGAACUCUAUGAUAGAUUUGUGAGCAAACUUUUUCUAGCCGUUGCUAGAAAUAUUUGGCCAAACAAUAAAGUAUCACUGUUCAAUGCGGAAAAAUGGCAAACAGUUUCGGAAAAACUCGGUGAACAGUCAUUGCUAAGAGUUGCUACUUGUGUUGCCCUGGCGUCCAAGUUCCUCAGCCACUACAAAAAAAUACCAUUGAAAAGUGUUCAAGAGUUCCUCUGUAACUGUGGCCAUCCGUUUUCUAUCAGGAGCAUUAUGGCCUCAGAAAUGAGAAUUUACAAAUUUCUAAAUUACAAGCUGCACUUUCCAACUAGACAAACUCACGCUCAAAUUCUUAUUGAAAUGGUGUUCCUUCCGGAUAUUAUUGACAAGACGUUAUUGCAGCGACUGAGCUACAAAGUAAUUGAUGUCACUUAUCUCUAUCAUCAAGAAAUAUUCCAUAAGUUGUUUUUCUAUGCUACCGGCUGCUGGGAAAGAACAGAAGAUGAAAGAAGGAAGUUCGUGGGAACUGAGGUGAACAAUAUUUACAUUGCUGCAGCAAUUGUGUUCACUGCUUUCACAUUUGCAUAUCCGGCUCAAUCGGCGAUUUCUGACCAGCUAGCCACAAACCUCGACUUUAUAACCGAGAUACCCUCCAAUGACAUAAUUGCCUUGUCCAAAAUCAUAACUAUGGUAGUUCUACAGCAUUAAGUCUGGGAUAUUGAGUUCAUAUAAAUUAAUGUCAAUUUAUAUAGUAUGAGGUUAUUUGUUAUCAAUUUGUAUGAAGUUGUUGAUAUCAUAGAUUAUUUUUAAGUUAAGUGUUACCCAGAAAUUUGUUUACUGAGACCUAUUUUGAUACCCGUAAAACUUCAAAUGAUUUGAUUUGGAAAAAUUUCGGUGGUAUGUUUUUGUAGGGCAUAUUGAUGAGGAUUGAGAACAAUUCGUUUGGAAGGUAGAGAUACUCAUAAUCUUUAGGAGAGCCGCUGAGAGAGAAGACUACUCCGAUAUUGGCUAAGUUUCAGCUUGUGAUCCUCAUCCAUUCAAUUAUACAGGUAAUAAAUGGUUAAAUAUUAAAGAAUUCUUUUAAAAGAUAAA